AUGCCGCAGCUCGACCUCGCGUCGAUGUGGGGGCGCUCGACGGAGAACGACGACGCGAGCGACGACGACGACGGCGAAGACGCUGGGGCGGCGUACGAGCGCGAGCGCGACGCGCGAAUCGCGCGGAACCGCGAGAUCAUGCGCGAGCUCGGCAUCGACGCCGCCGUCGCGCGCGGCGUCGGCGGCGCGGGACGCGGUCGACGAGGACGACGAGGACGACGCGACGACGACGACGACGACGACGACGACGCGCGUCGACGAUCGCGCGAGGCGCGCCGACGCGCGAAAGCCGCGAGAGCGGCCGCGGCGGCGACCGCGCCGACGCGACGGUCCUCGCGCGCGACGCGGCAUCUCGGCUCGUUCGUGGACGACGUCCACGCGGACGCGAUUCGCGCGGCGGGCGCGCGGCCGCCGCCUAUUCCGCCGCCGCGCGCGGCGCCCGCGCGCGCGUCGCCGCCGCGCUCGCGCUCGCCCUCCCCGGAGACCUUCGACGACAGCUCCGUGUUCAGGUACUCCGCGAUGCAGGCGUCCACGGCGACCUUCGACGAAUGUCGGACAACUGUUGGACAACUGGCGGACAACUGGGUCGGACGACUGUCGGACGACGACUCGCGACGAGGAGCCUCUGAAGGGCGGCGGCUUCUCGGGUUCCGCGAGACGAGACGGUCGUUCCGCGACGCCGCGUGCAAGAAGGGUUUCUACGUGAUCGACGCGCUCGAGUCCGAGGCGGCGCCUAUGCUCGUCGCCGGCGGCGACGGCGGCGUCGUCGCCGUCUUCGGCCUCUCUCGCGGCGAGAGAAGAAGAGACGAAAGUUCAUUGGACGACGAAAUAUCGGACGAAUGUCGGACGUCUGAGGCGCGUUCUAUCUUCACACUGAAGAACGCACCCGACGCGCCGACGCCGCCGUUGAUGUCCUGGCGCGCGCACCGGGGGUGGGUCUCGCACGCGCAGUUCCUCGACGUCGGACGGAACACCGACGAUCCCGCCGCUCCGCCGAUGGUGCUCACGUCCGGCGGAAUGGACGGCGUCGUCGCGCUGUGGGACGUCUCGAAAGCCGGGCGCGUCACCGGCGAUCCGUCGAGGGCGCGCGACGUCGCGGAGACGUCCGAAGCCGGCGCCGGCGUCGGCGUCUUCUCCGCGCACGCGGCGGCGCGCGCCGGCGGCGACGCGAUCGCUCGCGUCGUCACCGGCUCGAAAGACUCGACCGUGCGUCUCUGGGACCUCUCGAGAGCGUCGGGCUUCGCGCUCGCGCGGACGUUCGACGCGCGUCACCGCGGGGUGGUGAAGUGCGUCCGGUGGCGGCCGUCUCCGGGCGGCGGCGACGGCGCCGGCGGCGACGGAGGCGGCGGCGACGGCGACGUGUUCGCCACGGGCGGCGCGGACGGCGACCUCCGCGUGAUGGACGCGCGCGCGCGCGGCGACGGCGUCGCGGGCGCGAUAGAUCGCGCGCACGACGGCGCCGCGGUGCACUUCAUCGAGUGGUCCGCGAGCGGACGCGAGUUUUUGACGUCGGGCGGCGACGGCGUCGUCCGCGCGUGGGACGUCCGGUUUCUGGGCGAAAAAGAACGACGGGGGGGAACGGCGCUCUCGUGCGAGAUCGUCCGCGGCGCGCGGGCGUCCGGGCACGUCGCGCGCGAGGUGCGCCGACCGCGGACGAUGACGCGCGCGGUGUACGUCGACGAGACGCGCGUGGUGACCCCGGGGGAAGGGUCGCGGCGGCUGUCGUUGUACGCGACGCGCGAGAGACGCGGCGGCGGCGAUGGCGCCGGCGGCGGCGGCGCCGGCGGCGACGGCGAGGCGGCGGUCGUGAGCCGAGGCGAGCUCGGGUACGACGCGACCGCGGUGUACGCGCGCGCGAGGGCGCCGCGCGGGCGAGAGUGGGCGCUCGCGCUCGCGGAGAAGAGCGAGAUUCGUCUGUACGAGCCGCUCUGGUCUGGAGCGCGCGCGGACGCGGCGGGCGACGACGUGGCGGCGGAUUGA